CUCGGUGAGCUGUUUGAAUCGGAAAGUGCGGGAGCGGCCUGGGUCGGAGACCAGGAGAAAGGAGGGAGGAAGGGAGACAGACAGACAGAGCGGAAGGAGGAGACGGCAGUAGCAACAUGGAGCAGCCCCCGGGCUUUUGGUUCAUCCGCAAGGUGUUCAGCUGGCGAGCAGCAGCUUCAAUUGCUUGGUCUGUCUUGCUGCUACCUGUCUCCACAACUGUUUUUAUACUGCUGAGCAGAUUGAACGUUUUCCAUCCUAUCCAAUGGAUUACAGAUUCGCUGAAUCAUUUGAAUAGUUCCUAUAUAAUCUUUGCAGUUCUGGUACUUUGUGGAGUCGUAGUGACAAUUGGUAUUUUCAAUACAGAGUUUUAUACAGUAGAGCCUUCUAUUCCAUGCAGUCGUAUUGCACUUGUGGGAAAUGUAUUCCAUCCCCGUCGGUUUCUCCAUUCAGUGGUACAUGCAGUAAUGGGGAUGCUGGUGGCAUGGUGUGCAGCAGUAAUAGCCGGGGGACGCUAUCAGCUGAUCAGUGUAUCUUGUUCAUCUCAGGGCAGCUCAUCAUCCAGCAGCCACAUGUGCCUGAAUGAGUUUCACAUUUUCGUACUGAUGGAAGGAGCCUUUAUAGGAUAUAGUUAUAGUCUUCUGUAUUUUGUUAACAACUUCAAUUAUGUGUCAUUCCCCAUGUUGCAGCAAUUCAAGUACCCACAGUUCAAAGGAAAUCUGUCUUUGGUUAUUAAGUACAGUGCUGUGCAGUCUCUGUAUUUUCUCAGGAACUACUGCAUCCUUUACUAUUUCCUAGGUUAUGUACCAAGGGCCUGGAUAAGUGCCUCAACAACCCUUCAAAGAGAUAGUGCACAGCAUUCCCUGGAUACCCUGACUGGAUUAUUCGACUUGCCACUGCUCUACACAGCCUGGUUAAGUGGUACGUUUCUUUUGGUCACCUGGUACAUUACAUGGCUGCUGUUUAAAAUCUUCAUUACUGAGGCAUUCCAGUUUCCUGUGCAGCCCUCAUUUGGAGAGGAAGCUGAUCGGUGCCUCCCUAAAGUCCUAACAAACAAUGUUUCCCCCUGUAUAAAGUAUCUAGCAUUGCAAGACUUGGCCUUACUUUCCCAAUAUUCAGCUUCUCGGAGACAAGAGGUGUUCAGCCUUAGCCAGCCAGGUGGUCAUCCUCAUAAUUGGAUAGCCAUAUCAAGUGAAUGCUUAGCCUUGAUAAAUGAUUUAACCCAAAAACUGGCAGAUUAUCAAGAAACAAUUGCUGCAAACGGUCGAAUUAAAUCCUAUCCGAUCCCUGUGGAACGACAUCUGCCGAGCACUUCAGGAACUUCCUGUCUUGAAGAGCCUGACAGCUACCAGCCUUCCUUACGGUCGCCACUCUCUGCCCGUCAACGCCGGGGCCCUCAGCCAUCGUCAUUGAUUAAGUCUUCAGGCACUUCGUUCAGAAGCUUGCUUGGCUUCCCUUGUGCACCAGAUCCCUGUAGUCCUCUUGGUUCUCCUGCUGCUGUUAACCGAUUCAGUGACGUGUUAGACUUGGGCUCUCCCAGCUUUGGCUCUUCACCAACUUCUCAUGAAAUGAGGAAGGUGCCAAAACUAUGGACCUCAGCUUCUAACUCCUCAGAAUACCUGGCAAACACAAGUGAAUUUUGUCAAGCUGUCCAAGCCAACAACAGAACUCCUGAAGUGACAAAACACAAUGCCAUUUCUGAAUGGAUGCUUCAGAGGCAAGAUCAGGUUAAGUCUUUCUUGUCGAAGCGAGGGCUGGUAAUGUAUUUAUUUAAAAAGCUCCCGGAAGCUUCAAGUCAGGCUCUAUUUGCCAACAGUCAAGCACAUAUAUGGGCCCUUGAAGGACUCUCCCACCUUGUAGCAGCCUCAUUUAGAGAAGACUGCUAUGGUGUAGUACAGACAACAUUAUCAUCCAUUCUGUGUGCCAUGCUGUCCCUCCAAGAGGCUGUGGACAAACAUUUUAAAUUGCCUCAUGCCUCCAGCAAGCCACCUCGAUCCACAGGCACUCUCGUGGAUUCUUCUUAUAAAACACUGAGGUUUGCCCUCCGUGCAUCAUUGAAAACUGCAAUUUACAGGAUAACCACCACCUUUGGAGAACACUUAAAAGCUGUCCACCUUUCGUCAGAACACAGAAAAAGACUGCUACAAUUUUUGGAGUAUAAAGAGUGAAGUGAUCGAAAUUUUGUGUUGCUCCAGUCCUGAGGCUUCUCAGAGCAGAAACUUUAUAAUCUAUUUCCAACUUUGUCCUUUUUUUAAUCUAAAAUUUUUUUUUCGAAAUGUGGCUCCAGUAAAGUAUUAGUUUCUGUUUUGGAACUUCUGAGAAGAACGAUUAAGAUUUUUGUACUUUGGGGUUUUUUUUGUACAUCUUUAUAAAGUAGUCUAUGUUUGUAAAGAAACAGUAUUUUUCAGUUGCUCAAGAUGAAAUCAUAACAUCAGAUUUUGACAGCUGUAUCUAUUCAGAAGUCUAAAUAAAUCUUUGAAAUUA